AUGGAAGGGGCAAAACUCACGCUAGAAAAAGCUAUACAAAUCGCAAGAACCUAUGAAAAAACCCAAGCCCAACUCAAAAGCAUGUCUCCUAAAAACAAGGAAGAAAGCAUUCACUUAGUUAGACAGCAGAACCAAGGCAGUCAAUCUCAAAGAUCGAGACAAUCACUUGACCAAAAGUACCCCCAGCAAUCACUUGAACAAAAGUACCCCCAGCAAAUAAGCCAGUGUGGGAACUGUGGGAGAAAGCACUACAGAUCAGAGAAAUGUCCAGCAAAAGGGCAAACCUGUUACCUAUGCAACAAGCCCAACCAUUUUGCACAAGUAUGUCGAUCAAAAGGGAGGCGGAGCCAAAUACACCCUAUCGAGAAGGUAGAAUGUGACCCCUCAAUGACCCAAUUUGAAACUCUAACUUUUGAAUCAAUUACUGUAGCUAAGGUUAACCACCAAAAUUUGAAGGCAGACGAAGUGUUUGCAGAGGUGGGCAUCCACCUAGAUCCAAAGCAACAGUCAAGGCUUCCCUACAAACACACGCAAAGGCAUCACUGA